UCCUGCUCUUGAUACCUAUUUAUACACUUCAAUUUAUUUUCAGCACAAUUCUCUUCUCUUCCUCUGAAGCUUGCUAAACUAUAACUAUAAAUUAAUCUCAAUCCAAAAACGGUCUACGGAUUUCUCCUCUUCAACCCACAGAAACCCUAACUCAAACCCACACCAGUGACGCACAUAGUUAUAAAGAAUCUCUGAAAUCACCAUCAGCUAAGCUUCUUCUCAUAACCCUAAAAUUUAAACUGAAUAGACUCAAAUUUUGGUAUUGGGCUCUCGUGCUCUCUUUAAAUUUCUCAGAACCCUAAAAAAGCAUUCAAAUUUUAUUUGGUUUUGAUUCGUAAAUUAGUUUUAAUCAAUGGAUGAUGUUGAAAAAGCAAUACUUAUAAGUUUUGAUGAAUCGGGAGCUAUAGAUGCAGCCCUAAAAUCACAAGCAGUUUCUUUCUGUCAGCAAAUUAAGGAAACCCCAACUGUAUGCUGUCUUUGCAUUGAGAAGUUGUGUUUUUGCAGGCUUGUUCAAGUUCAGUUUUGGUGUUUACAGACUUUACACGAGCUUAUUAGGGUGAAGUAUGCUCUGUUGAGUUUACAAGAGAAGGAUUUCAUUAGGAAAUCCGUGUUUUCUAUGUGUUGUUUUGAGGCUAUUGAUGAUCAGAAUAAUAAUGCUGUAAGGAUUUUAGAGGGCGGCCCUGCAUUUAUAAAGAAUAAGCUUGCUCAGGUUUUUGUUGCUUUCGUUUAUUUUGAGUACCCUCUAAUUUGGUCUUCGGUGUUUGUAGAUUUUUUGCCUCAUUUGGGAAAAGGGGCGGUGGUUAUUGAUAUGUUCUGUAGGAUUUUGAAUGCUUUGGAUGAUGAAUUGAUUAGUUUAGAUUUCCCACGGACAUCCGAGGAGAUGGGGGUUGCAGGGCGGGUUAAGGAUGCUAUGAGGCAGCAAUGCAUAACACAGAUAGUGGCUUUUUGGUAUGACGUUGUAUCUAUGUAUUGGAAUUCUGAUCCGGACCUUUGUUCUGGUUUGUUAGAUUCGAUGAGGAGGUAUAUUUCAUGGAUUGAUAUUGGGUUGAUUGUGAAUGAUCUAUUUAUUCCAUUAUUAUUUCAGAUGAUUUUAGUUGAUGGGGGAUCUGAUCAGCUUCAAGGUGCUGCUGCUGGGUGUGUUUUGGCUGUAGUUUCCAAGCGGAUGGAUCACCGAUCGAAGUUAUCAAUAUUGCAAAGUCUGCAGAUAAAUAGGGUUUUUGGGUUGGUAACUGGAGAUGGUGACUCGGAGUUGGUAUCAAAAGUAGCUACAUUAAUUACCGGGUAUGCUGCUGAGGUUCUAGAGUGCUAUAAUUGGGUGAAUACAGACGAUGCUAAGGGUGUUUCUCUUGAGCUUUUGAAUGAAGUUUUGCCAUCUGUUUUUUAUGCAAUGCUAAACUGUGAGUUGGGCACCACAUUUAGUAUUGUGCAAUUCCUUUCGUGUUAUGUCGCCACUAUGAAGAACCUUUGUCCAUUGAGGGAGAAACAACUGCGUCAUGUGCAUCAGAUACUGGAAGUGAUAUGUGCACAAAUUCGUUAUGAUCCCGUCUACCGUGAUAAUCUUGAUAUGCUGGAUAAGAUUGGGAGAGAGGAGGAAGAAAGGAUGUCGGAAUAUAGAAAGGAUCUAUUUUUGUUGUUGCGUAGUGUGGGUCGUGUGGCCCCAGAUGUUACUCAAAUAUUUAUCAGAAAUUCUUUAGCCAGUUCUAUCUCAUCCUUGUCAGAAAGAAAUGUUGAAGAGGUGGAAGCUUCUCUUUCUCUUAUGCAUGCACUUGGAGAGUCAUUGAGUGAUGAAGCCAUAAGAACUGGAAGUGGACUGUUGCAUGAAUUGGUGCCAAACCUCCUCUCGACAAGGUUUCCGUGCCAUUCUAACAGGUUAGUUGCACUUGUGUAUUUGGAGACUAUAACUAGAUAUAUGAAGUUUGUUCAGGAGAAUACCCGUUAUGUCCCCAUGGCUUUGGCUGCAUUUCUGGAUGAGAGAGGAAUACACCACCCAAACUUCCAUGUAAGUCGUAGAGCUAGUUAUCUGUUCAUGAGGGCUGUAAAGUUGCUGAAAGCAAAGCUUGUGCCUUUCAUAGAGAAAAUUUUGCAGAGCCUCCAAGAUACAGUAGUCAGGUUUACAACUAUGAAUCAUAUAUCGAAUGAAUUUUCAGGAUCUGAGGAUGGUAUCCACAUCUUUGAGGCAAUUGGUCUAUUAAUUGGGAUGGAAGAUCUACCGUUGGAAAAGCAAUCUGAUUAUCUAUCUUCGAUGCUCACUCCUCUUUGUCAUCAGGUGGAGGCAUUACUCAUAAAUGCCAAUGUACUGAACCCAGAAGAAUCUCCAGUGAAAAUUGCUAAUAUUCAGCAUAUAAUCAUGGCAAUUAAUGCCCUCAGCAAGGGCUUUAGUGAGCGCCUGGUAACCAUGAGUCGCCCUGCAAUAGGAGUCAUGUUUAAGAAGACUUUGGACAUUCUCCUCCAAAUACUUGAUGUAUUUCCAAAGAUAGAGCCUUUACGGAAUAAGGUUACAUCCUUCAUUCAUCGUAUGGUAGAUACUUUAGGAGCAUCUGUAUUUCCUUGUCUUCCAAAGGCACUGGGACAAUUGCUUGCGGAAAGUGAGCCAAAGGAAAUGGUUGGUUUUCUUCUUCUGCUCAAUCAGCUUAUAUGCAAAUUCAACGCCUCGAUGCAUCACAUAGUGGAGGAAGUUUUUCCAGCUAUUGCUAGUAGAAUCUUUAGGAUAGUCUCAACUGAAGAAUUGCCUUUAGGAGAUGGAACCAGUUCUGAGGAAAUUCGUGAAUUACAAGAACUCCAAAAAACAUUGUACACGUUUCUUCAUGUGAUAGCUACACAUGAUCUAUCUUCAGUCUUCCUUUCAACCAAGAGUAGGAGCUACUUGGAUAAAAUAAUGCAUUUGCUACUGCACUCAGCAUGCAAUCACAAGGAUAUUCUUGUGAGAAAGGUGUGCGUGCAGAUAUUCAUUAGGUUAAUUAAAGACUGGUGUACAAGGCCUUAUGGUGAAGAAAAGGUACCUGGUUUCCAAAGGUUUAUAAUUGAUGGCUUUGCGAUGAACUGUUGUUUUGACAGCACGCUUGACAAAUCCUUUGAGUUCCAUGAUGCAACUACUCUCAUUCUGUUUGGAGAAAUUGUACUUGCUCAGAAGGUUAUGUAUGAGAAGUUUGGUGAUGAUUUUCUUGCUCAUUUUGUAACAAAAUGCUUUACUUCUGCACAUUGCCCCCAAGAUUUAGCUUCACAAUAUUGCCAAAAGUUGCAGAUGUGAGCCUUUCCUGGUGCUAAAUUCCUGCACAGAAUUUCCACCUUGACUUUUGUCAACUCAGUAAUUGGAACUGGGACUUAGUUUUGACCCUGGCUACAGGAUACAGAUUAGUGCAGAUGUUUGGGUUUUGAUGCAUUAUGGACAAGAUUUAAGCCCAUGGUCUUGGAAUUGAAGGUUUUUUCAAGUGUAAUUUCUUGUGUAUUUUGAUGGAAGAAGGGGGGAAUGGAAAGGGUAUAGUUUUUAUAAGGAGAGAAGGGAAUGAUAACGAGUGGCAAGAUAAUUAUUUUUUCAUUCCUUGGAUGUAUAGAAGGAAGUUGGAAAUGUCAUCUAACUUUCCUUGUUUUUUUGAAAGGGUGUUUAAUUAUAUAUUUGUAUUUUUCUUCGCUGGAGGUUGGAGAGGAUUGAAGUGUAAUGCUGGAAACACAAGUCAGAUUAUAAACUAAAUUCCCUUCCUUUAACCCUUGAGUUUUGGGAAUUGGGAUUUUAACAUUUGAGUGAAUUGCAUGUCAAACCCUCCAUUCCCCCUUUUCACCCUUAAAAUAAAGCUCCUUCUAGACAAAGCUUGAAGGGUUUGAUCUCUGUUUUUCAUAUCCUUCUCUCAAAACCUUCUUAUCCAAGCCUAGUGUCAAGCAUGUAUGUUUGAGGAAGGACUGAGGUUGGUUAUUGAAACUUGAGGAUUAAUUUGUUAGGAAAACUUUUCUUACAUGCACUGAAAAUUUAGGUUCCUGGAAAUGUUUGUUUGCAGCAAGCAUUUGGUUUUAAACUCUUUGCUUUAUAUUUCAAUGAAUCAGGCUAACAAGUAGAAUACAGCUAAUAAGUAUCACCAAAAACUGAUGCGUGUAUCAUUAAAGUUUUGUCUCUAAAUGGGUGUACGAAUGGUCAAAUCUGGUUUAAUUUCUCCAAUUUUGCUUUGUGCUUCUGAUGUUUGUAU